GAUUUACCUAUCGUUCAUUCUUUUCUACACAGCAUGUUCCAUGUGUGUACAGAAUCUGAGGGGGAUGAUUGUCAACAAUUCAUAUAAUGUAAAUGAGACAGAUGUAAAGGUUCACUCGCUGAAAGAGUUGACAGACUUCAAUGAACCAAUGGUAGCAGUGUCGAGUUCGUUAAGGCAAGCCAAGGCUGAAAGAGAACAGUUCUAUUCAAGGAUUUCUGCAGGAAAUCAAUUCUACCAAGGCCUCAUAACCUCACAUGUGCCUGAAACCAACAACAGCCUAAAAGAACUCUCAGUCAGGGCAAGGGAUCUCAGCAGUUUUGCAAACGAAGCUGCCACUAACACCACGAAGAUUCUAGAGGAUAUCACAUACGAAAAGGAGGCGACAUUAUCUGCCAGGCAAUAUGUUACUUCUGUGGAUGUUAUCAUCGGAGAUGUACGCCAGGCACUUGAGGAAUACAGUACUACUGCAUCGCAGGCCUUGACGCACUCAACCGAGGCCUGGCGCAAUACAAUGGAAAGAAACUUUACUCAAUAUUCCUGGAACAUUACUGAACAUACAAGAAUGGCUGAAAACAUGUCUGCUCAUGUCGAGGAAACUUUAACGCGGGUCGUUUCUCAGCUAUUUCGUGCGAGAGAACUUGAUGUCUCCAUACAGCAAAAAGCAGCCAAUUUUAAUCAGAUUCAGGAGAGCUGGAGUCAGUCACAUGCACUCUUCAUGGAUUCAGUUGAGCAAGUUUAUAACCAUUCCAGGGAAAUACAAGCGAUCUUGAUGGACACAAAGGUAGGAACGUUUUAGAGUUUUUAGUUAACUUAAGUCUUUUUU